UUUUACGAGGAUGCCGCAAAUCCGCAACUCUAAAGCGUGGUGAAUCAACUAUAAGCGUAAUGAUAACUCUCAACGGCAAACCUUUGAUUAUCUUGGUUACGAUGAAGUGGAUGAUAAAUGGCAAUGAAUCCGUCAAAACUUUCAAAACCCUUUUAACAUGCUUUGUGCUGGUCAUCCUUCAUUUGUUGAUGCAUUUGCCAGGAACAGAGUGCCAAGCAACCUGUUUCAAAAACUCCUCUUACUUUUUUUCGAAAAGCGGAAGAAUUUGGGAUAACAACAAUCGUGCUUGCUCCUACCAGAAAGGUUAUUUAGUCUCCAUAGAAACUGAAGAAGAAUGGCAGUUUAUCAAUCGUGAGAUUCAAAAGCGUGGUACUUGGAAUGCUAGUGCGUGGCACAUUGGUUUAGAGAAGAAAGGCGGGGUUUGGACUUGGCUGAGUGGAGAACAACUGAAUAUUUCGAAAUGGCGAGAUUCUGAGCCAGGUGGUGACGACAAAAGGGCGGAGAUAACUAAGAAUGGAGGGCUCUUUAAUAGUAUCUCUUCAAGUAGUAGAAAUGCCUAUAUUUGCGAGACGCCCGGAGAAUGCCCAAAUAUAACUUUUAAAAACUCUUGGUACAUAAUUUCUGUGGAUGGAUGGUCCUGGCAGUGGAGCAGAGACGACUGCCGAGGGCAAGGAGGGGACCUCGUUUCCUUUGAAACCGAAGAGGAAUGGAAUUUCAUCAACGAUGAGAUUCAAAGGCGAAAUUCUACGAACUAUAAAAAUAAAUGGAGUAUUGGUUUAUUCAAAAAAAAAAACACCGGAAAAUGGACCUGGGUGAGUGAAAGACCACUGACUAUUUACAAAUGGGGAAAAGGGGAGCCAGGAGGUGAACACCGCGCGGCUUUCAUGUAUAAGCGGUCUAGUAAUGGCAAACGAGGCGUGUUCGGUAGUGUUCAAGAUAAAAGUACGGAAAAGAAGCACGCUUAUAUUUGUGAGAUUUCUAAGGAAGAAUCAUUAACAGUAUCAUCACCAACAUGGACAGCAUCACAAACCUACACAGCAUCACCAACAUGGACAGCAUCACCGAGAUGGAAAGCAUCACCAACAUACACAACAUCAACAACAUACACAGGAUCACCAACCUACACAGGACCACCAACCUGCACAGGACCACCAACAUGGACAGUAUCGACAACAAUGACAGUUUUACCAUCACCGACUUCAUUAUCGUCAUCAACAACUGAAGGUAAGAUGGAGGACCUUGUUGCAGUCAUUUCUGGCGGACUCAAGGAAAACAUCACAUUGGAUGGUUCACUCUCAUAUGACCCUGAGGCUACACGUGGUGACCAACCGGGAAUGAACUUUACUUGGCAUUAUGAAGAAUCAUUAACAGUAUCAUCACCAACAUGGACAGCAUCACAAACCUACACAGCAUCACCAACAUGGACAGCAUCACCGAGAUGGAAAGCAUCGCCAACAUACACAACAUCACCAACAUACACGGGAUCACCAACCUACGCAGGACCACCAACAUUGACAGUAUCGACAACAAUGACAGUUUUACCAUCACCGACUUCAUUAUCGUUAUCAACAACUGAAGGUAAGACGAAGGACCUUGUUGCAGUCAUUUCUGGCGGACUCAAGGAAAACAUCACAUUGGAUGGCUCACUCUCAUAUGACCCUGAGGCUGCACGUGGUGACCAAUCGGGAAUAAACUUUACUUGGCAUUAUGAAGAAUCAUUAACAGCGUCAUCACCAACAUGGACAGCAUCACAAACCUACACAGCAUCACCAACAUGGACAGCAUCACCGAGAUGGAAAGCAUCACCAACAUACACAACAUCGCCAACAUACACAGGAUCACCAACCUACACAGGACCACCAACAUUGACAGUAUCGACAACAAUGACAGUUUUACCAUCACCGACUUCAUUAUCGUCAUCAACAACUGAAGGUUGCUUAUUUUCCAAAAGUAAGAUGGAGGACCUUGUUGCAGUCAUUUCUGGCGGAGCUGAGGUGAUUCGAGGACUCAAAGAAAACAUCACAUUGGAUGGCUCACUCUCAUAUGACCCUGAGGCUGCACAUGGUGACCAAUCGGGAAUGAACUUUACUUGGCAUUAUGGUGAGAUCACAGGGAACUACUCCUCUGUGCAGGGAAGAAAGAGAGAUUUCUUUAUAGCGGUAAACGAGUCAGCUUCUCAAUAUAAUGGAAGAGCAUCUGGCGUGCGAAUUUACUUAGAUACCGAGGCUAUGUCUCUCAGUGAUAUCUACAUAGUUAGACUGGUUGUGGCCAAAGACUAUCGCAAAGCUAGCGCUUAUCAAGUCAUCCAUUUGGCGAAAGGAGAUCCCCCUAAAAUAUAUCAAAGGUGUUUCAUAAAUUGUCUGCCUAAAAUCAGCCCCUCAGUACGACUUAGUGUCCGAUCAGAAUGCAAGGGAUUACAGUGCUUCAAAAUUUCUUCAUAUGAGUGGAUACUCUACCAGCGAUAUGAGGGAAACACGUCCACUGUUUGGCAAAGAAAAUAUAAUUUAGAACUCAUUACAAGUACACCUCUAAAUGCAAGCAACAUUGUUAUAAAUGGAGGUUCCCUUGCUGCUGGAAAUAUGUACCGCUUGGCAUUAUUUAUCACAACUAACGACGGUUUAUGGGCGAUGUCAGCCUACGACAUUUCCACCGCGUUACCGCCCACAAGGGGGACAUGCUCGAUCACUCCGUCAAGUGGCAUCUCCUUGGAAUCACACUUUAAUCUGAGCUGUAUCAACUGGACAAGUGACAGCACCCCUCUGUCCUACCGGUUUCAAUAUAGACUAGAGAACGGUAUGUACACUGUGUUAUAUCAUGGCGUCAACAACUCCAUAGUUACCUUUGGGAUACCGCCUGGGAACAAUGCAGAAAACUAUACCAUGAGAUUCAACGUUGUUGUGACUGAUAGCUUCGGAAUUUCUGCCUCUCCUGUUAAUCUAACAGUACAGGUUAAACCUUCCCAGGGUCUAAGACCAGAUGAAAUCACAAGCCUGGAGGCCAUGAUCCAGGAAGUCAUCAGAAAAGGAGACUUGGGAAAAGCGGCACAAUUAGCAAACUCUGUCCUUCAAAUUGUUACACAAGAAACCAAGAUGAAUUUGGAGAAGAAAAUCAAGGUUGUAGACUUUGUAAUCAAAACUAUUACGUCAGUGAAGGUAAACAACACUGCAGACCUGCUUCAAAGCUCCUCCGUGAUUGGUUCUGCCCUUCAAGUCUUAGAAAAAGUCUCUCCCGAGUCAUUGGAACUGUCGUUAUCGGCUGUCGAUUCGCAAACGACCUUCUUAAGGUCUAUCGUCCAGUUGAAGGACGUUGCUGAUAUGUCUUUAGUCACUCAAUCAGCAGAAAACUUAGUUUGGUGUCUUCGAAGUGUGCUAAAGAUAUCCGCAGAGAUGGCUUCAAUAGAUUCCAUCUUAAGCUUCCAAGAGCAGGGUGAGAGGUCUGCUAAUACUGCCCUAAAAGUGCUGGGAAAAGUUGCAGACGCAUUGUUAGCCCUAAGAGUCCCAGGUGAAAACAUGAUAUCGAUCUCCACGAGUCAAUUGAACAUGACAUUAGGGCGACAUAGCCCGAAUAAACUUGCAGGGCUGCAGAUAAAGGGUGGAAGUGGCAGCUUCAUUUUACCACCAUGGCCUGUCACAGGAAGGAACAGAACAAGUUUUGUCGACACCCAGAUGCUAUCAAUGUCAUUCAACCCCUACACCUGGGACAGCACCAAAGAGCGAGUCGACUCUGAGGUUCUAUUUCUGGACUUAAAGGACAAUAAAAGCGAGCUCUUGGAAGUGUCAAGUCUACCAGAAGACAUUGUUAUCGUUAUUCCAUCAAAACCUCGGACAAUGCCCAAGGAGCUAUGGUACUUCACGACGGAUGACGAUUUACGUUUCCACGAGAUAACUGUCAAGUACGAAAACACUCUGAUACAGGUAGAAGUCAAACCCCAAGAGCCAACUGUACUUCUGUUUGUUUACUUGCGAUUUGGUCAACGGCCAACGACUCGAAACUACGAUCUCAAUGCCACAAUCUCUCAAAAUGGACAGUGCGUUUGGACUGCAAGUGCGCAUGACAAAAAGGAGAGACAACCAGAAUGCUCGUCGAACCCACCUACCCCAAUAGCAACAUUGGCCAGGCAUCCUGGAAAAUACUUUCUGGGCGUAAAAAACUAUAAUGCCACCACGACCACCCCACACAGGAGAAAGAAAAGAUCGUGUUUUACAGCUGGACGGCAAAAGCGCUCUUGCGUCGAAGUCAAAGAUCCCCCACCUACCCUACCCAUGAGUAAAACUGCAUCUGUGACACCAGCUUAUGAUUCCAAAACCGAUCAGAACUAUACUCUGAGGGUGACCUUUGGUAGCUGUGUAUACUGGUCAGCGAAAGUUGAGAUGUGGGUAACAAAAGGCUGUCGGAUUUUAGGAGCAUUGGACAGAUUUAUUAACUGCAGCUGCGAUCACCUGACAUCCUUCGGCGGAAGUCUUUUGGUUAAACCGAAUCCUAUCGACUUCGACAAGGUUCAAGUGCAGAUUCAAAAGUUGCCAGAAUCUGGAAAUAUCACAGUUAUUUUGGCGGUGGCGUUGGUUUUCUUAAGUUACGUGAUUGUGCUUGUUAUCGUCAGGAAGACAGACAUAGAAGACUCUAAAAUU